UCAACCUUCACUAAACUACCUGGGUCACACCAUUUCAAAAGAAGGUCUUCAACCAGAUCAGGAUAGAGUCACUGCUGUGAUUCAUGCUCCAGCUCCACAUGACACGUCUUCUCUGAGAUCUUUCCUUGGUCUUGUAUCAUGGUACAGUAAGUUCUUUCCGGAUUUUGCAACUGUUAUUGAGCCAUUACGUGCAGUGCUCAGAGACUCUACAGAUUUAAGCUUCAAGUGGACGACAGAAGCACAGYCUAGCUUCACUUCACUUAAAAACCUCAUAGUCAAUAGUCCUGCCUUAGCUCUGUAUGACCCUGAGUUACCAACCUAUGUUACAACUGAUGCUUCAGACUAUGGACUGGGCGCGGUGUUAACUCAACUGCAUUCAGAUCAAGGUGAGAGAGUUGUCGCUUUUGCAUCAAGGACUCUUUCUUCUGCUGAGCGCAAGUACUCCACRGUCGAAYRUGAAGCUCUUGCCUGCGUUUGGGCUGUGGAAAGGUGGAGAACCUACCUCUGGGGUCGUCGCUUUGUUCUUCGUACAGAUCACCAAGCRCUUACGACUUUACUCACCUCUAAAGGUUCUGGCCGUGCUGGACUAAGGAUAGCCAGAUGGUCCGCUCGACUGCUCUGCUUUACAUACGACGUCACUUACCGCCCAGGAAAUCUAAACGUCACUGCUGACUGCCUGUCUCGACUACCACUAACUGCUGAAAAUGAGGCAACAGAGGAACCUGACAUGAUUGCUGCUGUUUUUAAAGAGUCACUGUGUGCCAUUUCUCUUCCAGAGUUCACUUCUGCCAGUGAAAUCUGUCCAGAACUUUCACUGCUGCGCAACCAGAUUGAAAAAGGUUGGCCCAAAUGCAAAAAAGGUCUUCCAGAGAACCUUACUCCAUACUUCCAGAUACGACAUGAGUUGUCCGUUCAUGGUUCACUGAUAUUGAGAUUGACAGAUCGACUAGUUGUBCCUGUUUCACWGCGUGCCAGGAUUGUUGACUUGGCACAUGAAGGACAUCAAGGCAUUGUCCGUACCAAGCAGAGACUGCGUGAACUUUUCUGGUGGCCACAACUGGACAAAUUUGUACAUUCUGUCAUUGCUUCCUGUGUUGACUGCCAGUUCAGUGAUAAAGUAGCCAUAACUGCUCCUGCUCCACUCACUCCAGUUGAAUUCCCCAGUAAACCAUGGGAAAAAGUUGCAAUAGACAUUACAGGUCCAUUUGAAAAUGCUACAUGGGACUGCCGUYAUGCUAUUGUACUUACAGAUUACUACAGCAAAUGGCCUGAGGUUGCAUUCAGUUCUACUGUCACUAAAGAUGUUAUCAUUCGCUUUUUAGCCACUGUGUUCAGUAGGGAAGGUAAUCCGAUGUAUCUUGUCUCAGAUAAUGGUUGUCAGUUUACUUCUCAUGCAUUUAGUACUUUUCUGAGAGAGAGGGAGAUACAGCACUUAAGGUCCAGUGUAUACUACCCUAAAGCAAAUGGUGCUGUGGAAAGAUUCAACAGAGUACUUAAGGAGUGCAUACAAACAUCUGAAAGAAGUCACAGCUCAUGGAAGGAASCUGUAACAGAAUUCCUGYACAACUACCGAGCUACUCCUCAUGCAACCACCGGAGUAACCCCAUUUGAGCUACUGAGAAACAGAAAGAUGCGCACCAAGUUAAACAUACUCCCAGUAGAACUGAAAAGCAAAACACAUG